UUUCCUAGACAACAAGAGUCGCCUAAUAGUGUGAUAAACCCCGUUGUGAUCCCGCGAGCAGUGCAGUGACGUAAAUAUCAGGCAUUAAGCCCGCUCAGGAAGUGCAGAGAUUGUGACAGAAGAAAGAUGCCAGCAGCGAACGCGGAGCAGGAGCAGCAGCAGCAGCAGCCGCCCCAGCGCGGCACGGAAGCCCUCCUGGCGCAUGUGAACCAGCACAAGAUCGACGUGGCCCUCUGGGCAACAAGGGUGCUCACCAUUGUCUUCGCCUUCUGCUACCUGCUCCCCAUUUUUGGAAAUGCCCAGAGCGCGUACUACAAAGUGCUGAUGGCAAAUGCCGCCACUUCGGCUCUCCGGCUGCAUCAGAGGCUUCCGCGAGUCAGCUUCACGCGUGAAUUCGUAUCGCUGCUGCUGAUGGAGGAUUCGUGCCACUAUCUCUUCUACUCGCUCAUCUUCUUGUACGUCAGCCCAGUUCUCAUCAUCCUGCUGCCUGUCGUCCUGUUUGCAGUAUUACAUUCCGCCAGCUAUUCUCUCACGCUGCUCGAUACUCUCGGCCAGAACUCCUGGUGGGGCGCGAGAUUGCUGAUCUCAAUAGUUGAAUUUCAGACGCGCAACAUCCUCCGAUUAGCCGCCUUCACUGAAGUAUUCCUCAUGCCAUUCACCAUUGUUCUCAUUCUUUUAGGCAAAGGUGGUCUCAUGACGCCACUCAUUUACUAUCAGUUCCUCACGCUGCGCUACUCAUCGCGUCGCAAUCCGUACACGCGGAAUAUCUUCUACGAGUGUCGCCUGGCGGCCGAGAUGGUGGCCAACAAUCCCUCAGUGCCGGCUUUUAUCAGCAAGAUCCUCCGCGCCGGCAUCAGUUUUGUUUCUCGUCUCGCGCCACCUCUACCGCAGGCGCAGCAGCAAUAAUCGGCAGCGCGCACUAUUAGUUAGGUUUUCAUCCAAGUUGUUGGUUUUUUACUUCUCGUGUUCUUAAUAAUUGCAUCAUAACGUUUUUUUGCUACUGGUUAUGGCAUGACCCAUUGAAAUUCUACAUUGAGUUUAUAUUCAUUAUUUUUCUCCUACUUCACAUGGACUCCUUUCAUCCUAUAUAAUAAUGGUUUAUUUUCGCGGAAAGCGCGAAUCUGAAAAAACGACAUUUUAAUAGGACAAGUUUGUAAUUUUUCUGUACAAAAGUCACACAAAAUAAAGUGGGAAGAUUAAACAGUGUGUUUUCGUGG